GGUGGAUUAGGACACUCAUGAAAGGCGUGGCGCAACAAAAAAAAGACAAAUAACAACAUUCCCCUCCGAUAUAAAUGCCAGCGAGGCAGCCUUCAAACAGCCACUUGCAGCAGCGUCGCUCGUGUGACAAUCGGUGAGAGCCUCCAGGAGACCGACGACGUUCCAGCUGACGAGACACGAAGAUGCUGCCUUCGCGGAAUUCUGUCGUGCUGCCCUUGGCUGUCGUGGCAGUGGCGCUGUCUGGGUGGCUGUGCGCGCUGUCCCAGGCAUGCUCCUGCGCCGGAGAACCACACCCACAGCAAGCCUUCUGCGGGUCAGAUGUUGCCAUGAAGGUGCAACUGCUUGAAAAGACGACGGAAAUGAUGGCAGUCAGCAACGGCGACAAUGAGAGCGCCAUGGCGCAGCUGACCCGGUACAAAGUGAACGUUAUCAAGACGUUCAAAGGCCAAGAGGAGCUGACGCGAACGGGCUACAUCUACUCGCCCGUAGGAGAGCCGAGCUGUGCUCUCGACAUCCAGCCGCACAAACGCCACUACAUUUUGACAGGACGUAUCUGGUCCGGGAUGAUCUACGUGACCCUGUGCAACUUCAUCCGCCCCUGGAACACGCUCUCCAGCGGCCAAAAAUCCGGCUUCUCUGACAUCUACGGCUCCGGCUGCACGUGCCAGAUUUCAACGUGCAACCAAAAGCCGUGCGAGCCCACGGAGGCGCGUGCGUGCACCUGGACCGACUCGUCGACCUACCAGGGUGCCCGGCGCUGGGGGCCACAGGCCAAGACCCAGGCCUGCCUGCCAGCGCUGGAGGGGGAUGGCUGCCUGUGGAGCAAGAUCAACGGCAGCGGCUCCGCCGAGCCACUCGACAAGCCCGUGCCACAGCAGCAGCUGCAGUAGUGAUGCGGUGGUGGGGGGUGGGGGCUUGCACGGUGACCGCACUUCUCACGUCGUGCGGUCGCCUGCUGCUAAACGCUUGCGACGGUUCCGAGGAGAGCGAGUGAGGAGAGCGGGUUGGGGGGAGGGGGGGGGGGUCUCUGGGCGCCGCCGGUGCCGCGAUCUCACGACGGCGGGAAGCUGCGCCUCCCCCGCCCAUCGGAAUCGCCAUCACCAGCUGCUGCCAUCGUCUCUCGCGGGCGAUCGCUAUGCUUCCUUUCCGUUCUGUGCCGUCGCGGAUCAGAGGCAGCGGACUCGCAGCGCGAGCCGACAGCAUCUGCUGUUCCCAGGCAGGCAGUCUCCCAUCAAAGUACUAACCAGACUCAACUGCGCUUGGCUUCCGAGAUUUGGCCACAUCGAGUGCAUGCGUGGUGAUUUGAUUUCAAUAAGAGAGAUUUAAGGUUUUCACCAAUUGUGUCUCGAUUGUGCUGUCGCCGUCAUGUCUUCAGAUAAAGAAUGCACUCGGGGUGUCCCGCAAAGCAGUGCAUUGCCCCAUUACUCGAGAGUGGGCCGCGGCAGUUGUUAUCACAGAGCUACUUCUGAGAUCUCUUCAAAUGGCCUCUGGUCCUCUCAGUAAAGGGGGAGGGAGGGAGUGGGGGGGGGGGCACUUUCCCACCCACUCUGCCACGAUCCUGGAACGUGGCACGGCCAGCUGAGCAACUCCGCUGCCGGUGCCACUCGCCGGGCAGUGACCCCACGACCUAUCUAGGGUUGGCACCUGUUCUGGUUUUGCCAGGAUCAUCCUCUUGUGAAUAACAUAACAAUAAUGUUGAGGCAGCUAUCUUGGGAAAUCUAUAAGUGUUUCCGGGAGAUUGAAAAUCCAGACCUUUUUUUAAAUAUGUCAGUUGGGUGUUAACACAUCACUCAAAACAAUGCAUGCAUAUGCAGCUCUCACCGCUUCUGCUGUUGUGAAAUAUUAUUCUUUCCAUUAUAUGGUCCGGUGUUUUGUACAUCAGAGGUGGCAACCGUAGCCGCGAGGGUUACGCCGACGGUGAUUGGACGCUCCGCUGUGGCCGCCGUGAUGACAACUGCACAGGGCACACGAGCGCAUGUUGUGCACGUACACACUACUCUGUCCUGGCUGUUGGGACUUGUGUGGGCGAGCGUUCAAAUCAUGCGUCACCCUUCGCCAAAUACGUCCUCCCUAGGGUGGCAGGCAAAGGUGACCAUUUAUUUUGCAACGGCGGGUUACAGCACAGCUUUUGUAAGAAAAAACAACCGAACCUAACUUAAUUCAAACCUGCUGCCCUGCAUUGAUGUUUUCCUCGCAGAACCCAAAUAAUUGUAGGUAAGACACAGAGGGCAAACAAUAAGUAUUGGUUCCUCACCUGGGGUCAACAGUAAUCAUUGACUCGGUAGCAGCCAGUGUUGCUACCGAGACUCAGCCAGCGCGCGUGAUCCCCGGGAUUUAAAGUAGAAAGAAAAAAACGAUUUCUCCGAGCUUUUCGCAUAAAUGUCACGCUUUCAUAAAAAAGGCUUUUUUUCUGGAGAGAGACAGCCUGCCAGUCGAGAGUAUAUAUAGCCCCCCCCCCAUCUCCACUCUGCCACGCGGCGAGUUGUUACGAGGAACGCCCGAGUCGUCAGCUAUGAUUUUGCGCGAGUGUGUCGCCCCCGGUGACAGGCAUAACCCAACGAUCGGCAAAAACGAGUUAAGACGUUUUGUCUAUUUCACUGCAAUUUUUGUCACACCUCAGAAACUUGGCCGAGAUCAAUUUUCCGUUCGCGAAAUCAGUGGCCAAAAAAAUAUGAAUCGAUGAUGGCCGCGGCGACCCCACCCAUAGACUUAAGCACGGCCGACUGUGACGAGACAAAUUCACGUGCCUGACUGAAUACGCAGACCGAGAGACCGUACAUUAAUGUUAUUGGAGACAGCAGUACAUUUAGCGGGACCAAAUAUGGUUAUUGGGCUAUAUAUAUGUCGAGAUAAAAGUUCACCGAUUGGCUGACUUGAACAUAUUGGGGAGUUGGGGAAGCAUGUACCACGCAUACCAAUAUUUAAUAAUGAAGGGUCAGCAAUAUUUUUUACGUCCUUGGUCAACGAAACUAUACUAUUUUAUUAUGACCAGAUGAAGCCCGCUGAACUAUGAGCUCUUUUUCAGAAACGACCUGGCCACACUUGAGAGCUCACCCAAGCGGAUUGUAUCGUCAUCCUGAUUGGGGAUUUAUAGUAGUAGCUCAAUAAUCUUCGCGUGUGUUGAUUCUAAACAUGGUGGGCGGCAAAACUGGAGGACCCGUAGUAAAAUCCAAGCGACCACCACGGGGGAGAGAGAACACACAGACUCCAAAUAUACAACGGCAGGUAUCGUCAGGGUCCGGGAUCAAACCCACGACCUCCUGCGUACCAGGCUUGGGAGAUAACAUCCGGUCACUGCGGUGGUGCCAGACUAACAGAAUGACUGAACAAAAUACGCAGACUUGAGAAUUGGCAGAAGUCCCACAAGUUUUUUGAUCGACUAAUCUGAGACAAUGAUAAAAUAUAUAUGUUAAGAAAACGAUGCUUUUAAAACACGAACGCAACGUGGGAGCUCAGCGCUGUGCCUCUGACAAGUUGUCUGCCAGCUCGAGACGGUGACGCUGAGGUUGUGCACAGCGAGAGAGAGAGACCUCGUGCACCGAGCUGACGUGAUGCCAAACGAACAGUUUUCAAGGACGGAGGGGGGGGGGAGGCGACGUGAUGGAUUCAAUCUCUUGUGGACGUCUUUUCUGUCUUUUAAAAUAACAAAUAAAAUGUACACGAGCGUU